AUGGCCGGCAAGAGCGACAGUGUGCGACGCAGUCACAAGUCGAGCAAAGCCAAGAACAGUACGUAUACUCCUGCCGACGACAUCUCGGAAUCCAAGACUCCCUCGAAGGCUGCAGGUAGCAGCAGCGACGCUUUGCUUCCAGCCAAGCCGGCCGUCAUGAAGACCAAGUUCUGUCUCAACUGUCAGAAGGAUUUAGCGCGCAACAUUCGCAUCACGUGCGCCGAGUGCAGUUCGCAGCCACAAAUGGAUCUGUGUGUCGAGUGCUUUGCCGUGGGAGUGGAGCUGGGCGAGCACAAGAAGACCCACCGGUACACGGUCUCGGACUGCUUGGCCUUCCCUAUCGUGUACGAGCCCCCGACUACCGAAAGCGCGUCUACUACCUCAGCAGCUAUUGGUACGAACGCCGCGGCCUUGCUUAUGGCAUCUAGCAAUGAUGCUGCCAGUGCAAUGUGGACGGCAGAUGAGGAGCUACUGCUGCUCGAGGGCAUUGAGAUGUUUGGCAUGGGCAACUGGAAAGACAUCGCUGAGCACGUGGUAACGAAAAGUGAAAAAAAGUGCGAACGACACUAUCUGACGGCAUAUCUCGGCUGGGAGGAUCUGAUGCCCCGAUUUGUUGGCGACGCAAUUGACGAGAGCAAGGAUGAGGUGCGGGACAAAGCAGCGGAGGACAAAUUACAAAUGACGACCGAGGAGAAAGCAACCGAGAUGAAUGCGGCAUCGGACCAGGCGACUCGGGGGCCGCUUGGUGAGAGAAAUGGGCCCAGUCAAUUGGCUGGAUACAUGCCGCUGCGUGGAGACUUUGAUGUGGAGUACGACAACGAGGCGGAGGUGGUUCUGGCAGAUAUGGAGUUUUCGGACACGGACCAUCCAGCGGAACGGGAGUUGAAGCUAAAGGUUAUUCAGAUUUACAAUCAGAAGCUGGAGAAACGCAUGGAGCGCAAGAAGUUUGUUGUGGAACGCGGAUUGCUGGACUACAAACUGCAUCAGCACACCGAACGGAAGCGCCCAAAAGAGGAGCGCGAGCUGCUCGCACAGGUGCGGCCGUUCGCUCGGUUCCAGACCCCAGAAGAACACGAUAAGUUCGUGGAGGGAUUGAUUACGGCCAUGCGACUCAAGAAAGAGAUCAUGUUGUUACAAGAGUACCGCAAAAAUGGCGUUCGUACACUGGCCGAGGCAGAAUUGUAUGAUGCAGAUAAGAAGAAGCGCGAGCUGGACCAGGCGAUACAGAAGCAGCGUGACAGUGCCGCUUAUUUAUACGAGUCUGGUCGUACAACUUCCAGCCGCGACCGCGCCAAUCGGUGGCAUAAUCGGGAGCAGAACGUGAAUGGCGAUGCUGGUGGCGACAGCUUGAGAAACAGAGCAUGCGGAGCAGGUGGUCUCAAGGCGAUUGCAGCGGACUUCUCCAUCGAAGGCACCCCGGGCAGCCAUUUGCUCACUUCAAAGGAAAGGGAGGUGUGCAGGAAGCUGAAGUUGCUUCCAAAGCAUUAUUUGGUGAUUAAAGACGCGCUGGUGCGAGAAUGCUAUCGCUUGGGGUAUCUGACGAAAAAGAUGGCCAAAGAGACGGUGCAAAUAGACGCGAACAAGACCAGUCAAGUGUAUGACUUUUUCGUCAAGUGUGGCUGGGUCAAGCCAGAGAGUGCCAUCGCAACUGUUGCGCCGUCGUUGAAGUCGGUAAAUAGUAAAAGCCCAAAGGAGAGCAAGACAUUGGUACAGGACACGAAACCCGAGUUGCCGGCAAAACGGACCGCCUCCGAGAUGGAGGCAGCCUCAAGCCUAUGA